CCAAAUAUUUAGCAUUCUAUAUAUUCAUCCUUCACUAUAUAUAAUUCUGUUUGUAACUACAAUGCUGAACCCAAAUGCCAAGCCGUUUGAGUACCAAAAGAUGAGCAGGCAGCACAUCAUGUCUCCUACAGUUUACUACUCUUACUAUCAGGAACAAUCUCUUCCUCUUCCUCCGACGCCUCCUCCGCAACUCUUGAAUACCUUUUAUCCCAACCCCCCAUCACUUCUUGCAACUCCUCAACUCUGUAAUCCCUUUUACUCUCCCUUGCCAUUCUCUGGACCACCACCACCACCCCAUCAUCAACAACCAUUUCCUGUUUCUGGUAAAACACAAGAGUAUUACCGGCUAAUGCAAAAGAUAAAUGCUCAUAGGAAGAAAGGUAGACGCAUCAUGACCAAGCCUAAAAAUACUAACAGGCAACAGAUAAGAAAUAGGAAGACAGCUAAAACUAUUAGUAAUACUAGUGUUAUGAUGAGAAAUAUUCCCCCCUCGAUAAGUAGGGAGAAGCUGAUGGAAAUACUGGACCAACACUGCAUAGAAGAGAACAAGAAAGCAAUGUCCAAUCAUCACCAGGAUGCUAUUCUUUCUGAAUAUGACUUCCUCUACUUGCCUAUAGAUUUCGUGAUGAGGAGGGGCAACUUGGGUUAUGCUUUUGUCAACUUCAUAACUUGUAUUGCUGCCAUGAGAUUUUACAAAUCUUUUGACAAGUUAAGUUGGAAGGAGUCAAUGUUCAUUGACUCACCUAAAAUCUGCGAAAUUUGUCCUGCAAGAAUUCAGGGCAAGGAUGCACAUGUAGGCCACUUUAAGCGCUUUUACUUCAAGUGUGACACGGACGAGUUCUUGCCAAUUUCAUUUUCUCCACCUCGGAACGGUUCCACUUCACGAACUCUCCCUACACUCCAUGGUCAGCGUCAAGGCUAGGAGGAUCAAUCAUAUCUAGCAAGGAUGAAUCACUUCUUCAUCUAUAUAUAUGUUGUUUUGUAUAUGUUGUUUUCUAGGAAUGUUACUUUUGAUGAAACCCACUUGUAGACUGAACCAAGCUUGCAGUCCUAAUGCAAUGGAUAAAUGUAAACCAGCUUCACUAGCUAGCUAGUCUGUCAUUUAGGCCAAAGAGGUGGUGGUGAUGGUGAAAUUGA